AUGGCGUCGUUCACCCAGUUUCUGCCUUCAAGCUUGCGACGCACUCCGCAGCCCAGAGAGCAGGCUGAGGUAGAGAGCGUGAUCGCAGAGGAUCCGCAGCUCGAUGUCAAGAACGAGAAGGGAGUGGUGGACAGCGACGACGACGACGCGGCCUCCAAGGAGCUCACGACCGCAGUCGAUCCGGGGGUGAAUCCAGGUGGGCUGACGUUCGAGGAAGACGCUGCCGGGGGUAUGGGCCGUCAUUUAGGCGUGUUCAGUUGCACACUGCUCAUUGUCGGCCGUAUCAUCGGUACUGGUAUCUUCUCCACCCCCUCCUCGAUCCUCAACUCCGUCGGCUCCAUCGGCGCGUCGCUCAUGUUAUGGGUCCUCGGUUUCGUCCUCUCCUUCUGUGGCCUGUUCAUCUGGCUUGAGUUCGGGACCAUGUUCCCGCGCUCGGGAGGAGAGAAGGUCUACUUGGAAGCCGCCUAUAAGAAGCCGAAGUACCUUGUUACCGUCAUUUUCGCCGCAAACGCGAUUUUGCUCGGCUUCACGGCGUCCGGAUGUAUCGUCUUUGCACAGAACAUUCUCGUGACUGCAGGACACACCGCCGAUCGCUGGGUGACGCGUGGCAUCGCUCUCGCAGUGAUUUUCUUCGUGACGCUUCUUCACGGACUGACCCCGCGUCUUGGUGUUUACGUGAUGAAUGGCUUGAGUGUGUUCAAAAUCGUGAUCCUCGUCUUCGUUGUCGUCACGGGUUGGGUCGUGCUCUCGGGAGCCACCAGCAUCAAAGAUUCCCACACGCACUUCCACAACGCGUUCGCCGGCAGCUCGCAUAGCAGCAACGACUAUGCCACGGCGACCUUCAAAGUACUGUACACGUACGCGGGCUGGUCGAACGUCAACUACGUGCUCAACAACGUCAAGAACCCCGUGCGCACGCUCAAGAUCGCAGGUCCGCUCGGGCUAGGGAUCUGCGCUGUGCUUUACCUGCUCGCUAACGUUGCCUACUUCGCCGCGGCGACGAAGGAGGAGAUUUCAAACUCUGGCGUGACGGUUGCGAGUCUGUUCUUCAAGAAGGUUUUCGGUGCGACCGCGCAGAAGGCACUGACGGUAUUCGUUGCGUUGAGUGCUCUUGGGUGGGUAUUCUUGAUCAAUAGGAUGGGCACAUUUGCUGCUUCUCGUGUGAAUCAGGAGCUCGCCAAAGAAGGCAUCCCUCUCCCCUUCGGCAGUCGAUUCUGGGCUUCAAACUGGCCCACAGGGAAGUCUCCCUUUCCCGGCCUGAUCAUUCACAUGAUCCCUUCUGUGAUCGUCAUCCUCGGGCCUCCACCUUCAGUCGCAUAUCCCUUCAUCUUGGAUGUUGAAGGGUACCCGCAGCAGAUCAUCAACUUCUUCAUCGUCGUCGGUCUCUUUUACCUCCGGUGGCACAAGCCGAACCUCCCGCGGCCCUUCAAGGUCUGGUGGCCGCUCGCGGUAUUCUUCUCGGCGGCUUCCGUCUUCCUGCUCGUUGCGCCCUUCCUCAAGCCCGCGAAUGGUGUCGGCGAUACUCCCCCGCUCCCGUACUACCUGUAUUGUCUUGUUGGGAUUGGAGUCAUGGCCGCUGGCGUGGUCUACUGGGCGGCGUGGCGCGUGCUGCCAGGAUAUCUUGGCUACGAGCUCAUCCCCCACAAGGAACAAUUAAAUGACGGUACCGUCGUCACUCUGGUGCGUCUGCGUCUCUGUGUAUUGAAAUGA